AGCAGCAGCAGCCGCCGCGCCGCCCGCGCAAUCCGCCGCCAUCCCGCCGGCCCCGCGCCCGCCCGCCGCCCGCCCGCCGCCGCCCGGCCCCGCCGCGCCCGCCGCACACACCAGGCAGAUCGGGAGCGGUGCCAAGAAAAAUUUCCUUACUAGAUGACAUUUCAUCGCGAUGUCCGAUCGUUUGGGGCAAAUAACCAAGGGCAAGGAUGGGAAAAGCAAGUAUUCGACGCUCAGCCUGUUUGAUAAGUAUAAAGGAAAAUCAGUAGACGCGAUCAGAUCCUCAGUCAUUCCUCGACAUGGCUUACAGAGUCUUGGGAAAGUCGCCACAGCCCGGCGGAUGCCACCGCCUGCGAACCUGCCAAGCUUGAAGUCUGAGAACAAAGGAAACGACCCCAACAUCGUGAUAGUACCCAAGGACGGAACGGGAUGGGCAAACAAGCAGGAUCAGCAAGACCCAAAGAGUUCCAGUGUGACGGCCUCUCAGCCGCCGGAGUCGCUGCCGCAGCCGGCUUUGCAGAAAUCUGUCUCCAGUUUACAGAAGCCGACGCAGUCGACCAGUCAGGAGAGUACAAAUUCAGUGCCAGGUGGACCAAAGUCAUGGGCACAGCUGAAUGGAAAGCCAGCAGGACACGAAGGUGGUUUAAGGGGCUCAAGCCGACUGUUAUCCUUCUCUCCCGAGGAAUUUCCGACGCUGAAAGCAGCUGGCGGGCAGGACAAGGCUGGCAAAGAAAAGGGCGUCUUCGAUCCGUCGUAUGGGCCAGGACCAAGCCUCCGCCCGCAGAAUGUGACAAGCUGGAGGGAGGGCGGUGGGCGAAACAUAGUCUCUGCCACGUCUCUGAGCGCCUCCCCCACUGAGCUGGGCAUCAGGAACGCGAGUGCGGGAGACGGAGCCCCCUCCUCGGCAUGCACCAGCGGUUCUAAGGACCCCUCUCUCCGCCCGGCUCAGCCUGUCCGCAGAGGGGCUUCACUGUUCACGGGGAAUGUGUACCACCCACCUACAUACCAUGACAUGCUUCCUGCCUUUAUGUGCUCGCCACAGCCAUCAGAGAACCAGGGUACAGUGGAACGAGGAUCUUUCCCCCUUCCUCAACUCCGCCUUGAACCCCGUGUUCCUUUUAGGCAGUUCCAGAUGAAUGACCAAGAUGGGAAGGAAGGCCGACCGGGGCUGACCCGGCCGGUGCGCCCACUGCGGCAGCUGGUAGAGCGCGCACCCCGGCCCACCAUCAUCAACGCCGAGAACCUGAAGGGCCUCGACGACCUGGACACGGAUGCCGAUGACGGCUGGGCAGGCCUCCAUGAGGAAGUAGACUAUUCCGAGAAGCUGAAGUUCAGUGAUGAUGAAGAGGAGGAGGAGGUGGUGAAGGAUGGAAGGCCAAAAUGGGACGGCUGGGAGCCCGGAAGGCAGCGGCAGCUGUCCAUGAGCUCCGCAGACAGUGCUGACACCAAGCGUGCCCACGAGGAUGGGAAGGACUGGGGCGAUACUGCAGGUGUGACCCGGCUCAUCCGGAAGAUGCCGGAGCCUCAGCCACCUUCGAGGAAGCUUCAUGGCUGGGCGUCAGGCCCUGACUGCCAGAAGUCCUCUGCGGGCAGCAUGUUCCGGCAGCAGUCUGUCGAGGACAAGGAGGACAAGCCGCCGCCUCGGCAGAAGUUCAUCCAGUCUGAGAUGUCCGAGGCCGUGGGCCGAGCCCGCCGGCGCCGGGAGGAGGAGGAGCGGCGUGCACGUGAGGAGAGGCUGGCCGCCUGCGCUGCCAAGCUCAAGCAGCUGGACCAGAAGUGCCGGCAGGCCCAGAAGGCGAGCGAGACCCAGAGGCAGGUGGAGAAGGAGGAGAAGGCGGCCCCGCAGGAGAACGGUCCAGCUGUUCACAAAGCGCCCCCUGAGUCCCCUGCCCAGGAUGUCCCCAAUGCACUUUCCGAAGAAGCCCCUGCAGCGCCUCCGGCUGUGGCUCAGAGUGGCAGCGGGGAGGCCGGUCCCCGGGAGGCAGGCUCCCCUGCCCAGGAGCCCAGCAAGUACCAGAAGUCCCUUCCGCCCCGCUUCCAGCGCCAGCAGCAGCAGCAGGAGCAACUGUACAAGAUGCAGCACUGGCAGCCCAUGUACCCGCCGCCCUCCCACCCGCAGCGCCCCUUCUACCCGCACCACCCGCAGAUGUUGGGCUUCGACCCCCGCUGGAUGAUGAUGCCUUCCUACAUGGACCCACGCAUCCCUCCCGCGCGCACCCCCGUGGAUUUCUACCCCUCGGCCUUGCACCCUUCAGGACUGAUGAAGCCCAUGAUGCCCCAAGACCCCCUGGGCGGCUCUGGCUGCUGCUCUGAGGAGCAGAGCUGUGUGCCCCCUCUCCAAGACAGAAAAGUGGCCUCCCUCGACCCCGGCCCCGUGUGGAGCCCUGAGGCCUACAUGGCACUGCAGGGCGAGGGCUACUCGCUGCCCCACCCGAAGCCCAGCGACGCCUUGGCUAUGGACAUGCAUGUCAGGAAUGAAAGCUCUUACUCUGCCUCACCCGGAAGGUCCGGGGGCGUAAGUGCCCGGCGCGAUCUCCUUGAGGACAGAGGGGAGGAGUACUUGAGCGCUUUUGCCAAGAAGGCCCCCGCAGACUUUGACAGCUGUGUCUCUUCUCAAAGAAUAGGCCAGGAGCUUUUGUUUCCACCCCAAGAGAAUGUUCAGGAAGCAGGUGCUCCUGGGGCUCACAGCCCAAACCUCAGGUGUUCCCCCCUGGAGCCUGACUUUCCCCCCACUGAGAAAAAGCCAGAGUAUAGCAGUUGGGAUGUUAGCCGCCAGCCCAAGGCCACUGACACAGCCGCCGGCGUGGAGAAGGAGGCGCCCCAGGAGGAGCCGUCCUUUCCUCUCUCCUCCUGGGGGAAGGAGGGAGGCACCCCCAAACAGCCAGCCCUGGAGCCCACAUGGACUCCCGAAGCGGGGGGCGCCAGCAGCCAGCAGCAGGAGCAGCCCAGCCGCCCACGGAGGUCAGGCCCCACCAAGAAGCCUGUCCUCAAGGCUCUCAAAGUGGAGGACAAGGAGAGGGAGCUGGAGCGGGCCAAGCCGGAGGUGGGGGAGGAGAGCACCCGCCUGGCCAAGGAGAAGGGCGCAGGCCCGGGCGAGUCGGACGAUGACCAGGAGAACGACCCCUCUCUGGCCAACACCCCAUCGUCCCCCGUGGAGGAGCCGGGUGCCGCCCGAGCCUGUCUGGACUCUGAGGAGGAGAAGCCUGCCCGGGCCUGGGAGUCCCGGCCAUCCCGGGAGCCCGGCGAGGUGCCCCCGACCAGGAGGAACAACUGGAUCUUCAUCGACGAGGAGCAGGCCUUUGGCGGCCGAGGGCAGCCCCGCGGCCGCGGCCGGGGCCUCCGCGAGUUCACCUUCCGGGGCCGGCCCACCGGAGGGGGCCUCUGCAACGGGGGCGCCCUCGGGGCGCGACCCCUCUACAGCAACAGCCAGAGGAGCGGCCGCGGCCGAGCACUGCGGGAGGCCAGCCAGCCCGAAGACUUCCCCCGAGCCAAGCCGCGGCGCCGGGUGGCCAGCGAGACACACAGUGAGGGCUCCGAGUACGAGGAGCUCCCGAAGCGGCGCCGACAGAAGGGCGCCGAGGCCGGGCAUGAGGGCUCGCUGCUGGAGCGGGAGGAUGGCAGUGCCCGCAAGGGCGACUCCCGCGAGUCCUGGCGCUCCAGCAAGGCCUGCCCCGAGGAGCCCUGCGGCCUGGACGCCAAGAGCCGCGGCCCCCGAGCCUUCGGGCGCGCGCUCCCGCCCCGGCUGAGCCACUGCAGCUACACACGGAGGACCUUCGUGUCCAGGGAGUCCCUGCACUGGCAGAGCAAGAGCACGGGCGCCUCCUGGCAGGAGUACGGCACCCCUGACCCGGGCGGGCCCCGGCGACCCGCCGACAGGGACCACCCCACAGACUCGUACCGGCAUCUGGACUCUUUUGGGGCCCGGGCGCCGGAGGACAGCCGCCUGGACGAGCGGCGGGUCUUCUUCCCCGAUGAGCCCGGGCCCGACGCGGAAAAUGCCGAGAACCGGCCCUUCCGGAGACGCCGACCCCCGCGCCAGGACAAGCCCCCUCGCUUCAGGCGCCUGCGGCAGGAGCGCGAAUCCUUGGGGCUGUGGGGGCCCGAGGAAGAGUCCGCGCUGCUGGCCGGCCCGUGGCCAGGCCAGUCCAAAGUGUGUCUGGGCAGCAAGAGCGGCGCCACGGGCCGCAGGUCCCCGGAGCUCGCGUACCAGAACUCGUCCGACCACGCCAACGAAGAGUGGGAGACGGCCUCAGAGAGCAGCGACUUCAGCGAGCGGCGGGAGCGGCGGGAGGGCCCAGGGGCGGAGGCAGACCCCCAGCUGGACGGGAGCAGCCCCGGGGCCGGCGUGGCCGAGAAGAAGGAGCUGGCCAAGAGGAGCUUCUCCAGCCAGAGACCCCUGGUGGACAGGCAGAGCCGGAAGCUGGAGCCGGGGGGGUUUGGGGAGAAGGCUGGCAGGCCAGGCGGCGGUGAGACGGCGCCCCGCUUUGAGAGCCAGCAGAGUGGGACGCCCUUGAGAGCCAAAAGGUCCCCAGACGAGGCCUUGCCUGCAGGUCUUGGUGGCCGGGGCGGUGGGAGCGGCCAUUACACCCUCGAGCGGCCAGGCCCCGGCCCCUCCGAGCUGUCUGAAGCUGUGUGUGAAAAGGCGGAGACCGAAGCCACGCUGGCGGUUCAGAGACCAGGCUCCCAGGGAGAGGCCCCGCAGCAGUUUGACCUGAGCUAUGGGACUGCCAUCUUGGAGAACCGUGGGCCAAGCCCUGGGGAGGAGAGUGAGGUGGGCCCUGUGGGGGGCGAAGGCUUCAUCGAGGUCCUGACCAAAAAGCAGCGCCGCCUGCUAGAGGAGGAGCGGCGGAAGAAGGAGCAGGGUGUGCCGGUGCCGCCAGUCAAAGGCCGUGCGCUCUCCUCCCGGAUUCCUCCUCGGUUUGCUAAGAAGCAGAACAACCUGUGCUUGGAGCAAGGCGAGGUGGCCGUGCCUGGCAGCAGCCUGGGCACGGAGAUCUGGGAGAGCAGCAGCCAAGCCCUCCCCGUUCAGGCUGCAGCCAGUGACGCUUGGACUAAGGCCGCCACCGCCUUCAACAGCACCGAGUCCACAUCUGCCGAGCAGGCCUUCAAGAGCAGCCAGGGAGACAGCGGCGUGGACCUGAGCGCCGAGUCCCGGGAGUCAUCUGCCACCUCCUCGCAGCGCAGCUCGCCAUACGGCACCCUGAAGCCUGAGGAGAUGAGCACGCCAGGGCUGGAACCCAAGGCCGACAGCCACAAGGAGCAGGCCCAGAAGCCACCCGAGCCAAAGGAUCCGGAACAAGGCUCGGGGCAGAGCAAGGAGCACAGACCAGGCCCCAUCGGGAACGAGCGCUCCCUGAAAAACAGGAAGGGCUCCGAGGGUGCUGAGCGGCUGCCAGGGACCGGCGUUGCACCAGUGAACGGGGUCGAGAUCCACGUGGACUCGGUGCUGCCUGUGCCACCCAUCGAGUUUGGAGUCAAUCCCAAGGACUCCGAUUUCAGCUUGCCCCCUGGCUCUGUUGCUGGGCCCGCCGGAAACCCAGUCGUGAAACUGCAGGAUGCCCUGGCCAGUAAUGCCGGGCUGGCACAGAGCAUCCCCAUGCUCCGGCGGGACCACCACAUCCACAGGGCCAUCGGCUUGUCCCCGAUGUCCUUCCCCACCGCCGACCUCACACUGAAGAUGGAGUCUGCGCGGAAGGCGUGGGAGAACUCGCCCAGUCUGCCCGAGCAGAGCUCUCCUGGAGGCGCGGGCUCAGGCCUCCAGCCACCGGCGUCUGUGGGCGCCUCCAGCGGGGUCAGCUACAGCUCCUUCGGGGGUGUGUCCAUGCCGCCCAUGCCCGUGGCCUCCGUCGCGCCUUCGUCCCUUCCAGGCAGCCACCUGCCGCCACUCUACCUGGACGGUCACGUGUUUGCAAGUCAGCCCCGGCUGGUUCCUCCGACGAUACCUCAGCAGCAGAGUUACCAACAGGCCGCUGCCCAGCAGAUCCCCAUCUCCCUGCACACGUCGCUGCAGGCGCAAGCCCAGCUAGGCCUGAGGGGGGGCCUCCCCGCCUCCCAGUCGCAGGAGAUCUUCAGCUCUUUACAGCCCUUCAGGUCUCAGGUGUACAUGCACCCCAGCCUGUCACCGCCCAGCACCAUGAUCCUCUCGGGGGGCACCGCCUUGAAACCCCCCUACUCGGCAUUCCCGGGCCUGCAGCCCCUGGAGAUGGUGAAGCCCCAGUCCGGCUCGCCCUACCAGCCCAUGAGCGGGAGCCAAGCCCUGGUGUACGAGAGCCAGCUCGGCCAGGCUGCGGGGCUGGGCGCCUCCCAGAUGCUGGACUCCCCACUCCCGCAGCAGUUGACGAUGCCGAUGCCAGGCUCCCAGCUGCCUCUGCCUCGCUACGGCUCUGGCCAGCAGCCUCUGAUCCUGCCACAGUCCAUCCAGCUGCCACAAGGGCAGAGCCUCUCUGUCGGGGCCCCCCGAAGAAUCCUCCCCCCUGGGUCCCAGCCUUCAGUCCUGAACACCAGCAGAGAGUCCUCCCAGGUGGAGAUGAAGGGCUUCCACUUUGCCGACAGUAAACAGAAUGUUCCCCCCGGAGGCCCAGGGCCCUCAGCGCAGGCCUACAGGCCUAGCUCUGCUAGCCCCAGUGGGAAGCCCUCUGGAUCAGCACUUAACAUGGGCCCUGUGCAGGGACACUGCGGUCAACAGGCAAAGCCCCGAGUGGACGAGAAGCCCAGCCUGGGAGCUGUGAAGCUGCCCGAGGCCCCCUCCCAGCUGAAGCGAACCGGCACCAUCAAGCCUCGGGCAGUGAAGGUGGAGGAGAGCAAGGCCUGAGGUGGCCGCCGCGCCCCCAGCCUGCUCCAGCCACUCCUGAGCACCCGUUGUCCAGCCAGCUUGCCCCGUGCAUCCGUGGCAUCGACCUGCUUGCUUAAACACGAAACAAACGAGCAACGGCCCGUCCGUCCUCUCCUUCUGCCGUGACUGUGGCGUGGCUGAGCCUCUGCAGGGCGGCACCUGGGGCCAGCGUCGUAGCCUCCUCCCGCCCGCCAGCCCGCCCCGGGCACACGCCCAUACAGUUCCAGGCGUUUUGUUUUCAAAAGCAGCUAAGGAUUUUACAAAGGAGAAGGAAAACAAUUCACAAGCUGCGUGUGAAUAGCUUAACUUUUGUACGUUCCCUCCCUCCUCUGUCCAUCUCUUCCUCCCCUUGGCUGUGUGUCUGCGAUCCUGGAUCCUUCCAGAGGAAGCACCGUGCCCGCGCCCGCACCCCUCCCGUUUGGUCGGCCUCGGCACUGACUUGCAGAGAGAAGUGGGGGCAGCCUGGGGCGCCUGGGCCCUCGGUGGGCCUCCACCCCGGCCUGAUGGAGUUCAGGAGCUCACGCGCUCAACACACGUGAUGACACACCUGCGGUCUUAGGUCCCUGCCGUGCGUCAUGGAGGGCCCACGCUGCUGGUGUUUCCUGUCUGGUCUGCACCCCAGGCUCCCUGCAGCCUCUCAGCUUCCGGGACCCACAGCACCCCUGGGAUGCCAGACUCACACCUUCUCUGUGAAGCCCUCUCAGUUGCACCCCACUCCUUUCAUCCUUCUUCCCGGCCUGUCCCUCUACCUCUUAGGCAGCCUGUCACUGGGAAGCCAGGGCCCCCCUCCCCGGGGUGACCGGGUGCCCUCUGCUCCCUGCCAGGCACUCCAAGGGCCCCUCCGCCCCCUCCCCUGUGCUCCAGCGUGUUGGGACCAAGGGGCCCGGGCUUCAGCUCCUUCCUCGGGCGUGGGGGCUGCAGUUCUCUCUGGGCUCCCCACCUGCCUGACAGGUGCCCAAGCAGGGUUUCUGUGGGGCCGCCAGGCUGGGCCUCGCUUGCGUUUUAGAACAAACUGAGGGAUGGCACCUGGACUUCCUCCAGCGUCCCUGGACUGCUCGUGCCUGACCUGGGAGGAAGCACCUUGGGGCCCUUGGAGUGACCUCUGUCGUGACCUUCCCUCUCUCCUCCAGGGCUCUCCCAGAAAGGCCCUCCCGCCCCUCCUCUUUCGGCAUCCCUCGGCCUCACCCUUGGGCCUCACUUCUCACCAGCUUUUUUUUUCCCCUUUGUCCCCCCACUCAUUGUUCUGAGGUCCCUUCAGCCAGGGCUGUCCACAGAUGAAGUACCUGCGUGCCCCCCUCCUCCCCCCAUCCUGGUGCACAUUCUGUCCAGUGGAAAAGGGUUUGCUCGUGUGAAACCAACGGAACCAUCCUGGAUGUUCCCGGGCCCAGGCUCCCUUCAGUGGACCAGCCGCUCGGGGCCCCAGGACAGUACUUCCUGUUUGAGAACAAGGAAACAAAAGGGUCACCUUCUCCAGCCCUCCCUUUCCCUGUAUUUCUUCCCUCUCCCUCCCAAUAAAAACAGAAAACACUAGAAUUUAUUUAUAUGUAUUGAUGUUGUAGGUCUAGGUGAAAAAGAAGUAAAUGUUUCACUGCUCUAUUUA